CUCUAAAAUCUUCCUUCUCCACUGUGCAUAACAAACACCGCUUCAUUGUUAGUAACUUUAUAAAUCCGCCUUCCCCUUCUUUCCUUUCAAACAACCCCUCUAAUUCUAUGCUCAAAACACUGCUAUGCUCUUCAUUUCUCCUUCAAAAUACCUAUUUAUACUCGUUGCCUAGAAAGUUCCCUUACUCAUUUAAACCUUUUCGUUCACCUUUCUCCUUCAUUUACCCUCGACCUAUUCACAACUGCAAAGUGUUGGCUAUGGCUGCUCCAACUACCACAUCGACUUCUGAUCCUCACAAGCAUUCUAACCGUCUUGCAACUGAGCAUAGCCCUUAUCUCCUUCAACAUGCGCAUAAUCCUGUUAAUUGGUAUCCAUGGGAUGAAGAAGCUUUUGCUGAAGCAAGAAAGAGAAACGUACCCAUCUUCUUAUCAAUUGGAUACAGUACCUGUCACUGGUGCCAUGUAAUGGAAGUGGAGUCCUUUGAGAAUGAAGAGGUGGCAAAAUUGUUGAAUGAUUGGUUUGUUAGCGUUAAGGUGGAUCGAGAAGAACGACCAGACAUUGAUAAGGUGUAUAUGACAUAUGUUCAGGCUUUGUAUAGCGGUGGAGGCUGGCCUUUGAGUGUCUUCCUUUCACCUGAUUUGAAACCAUUGAUGGGCGGAACUUACUUCCCCCCUGAGGAUAAAUAUGGAAGACCAGGAUUUAAGACUAUUCUUAAAAAGGUGAAAAUUGCCUGGGAUAAUAACAAGGAUGAGCUUAUUCAGAGUGGAGCCUUUGCUAUUCAACAGCUGUCGGAAGCAUUAUCGUCAAGUGCAAGUUCAACUAAAUUGCCAGAUGGACUUCCACAAAAUGCAUUGCACCUAUGUGCAGAACAACUUUCCGGAACAUAUGAUUCACGGUUUGGUGGGUUUGGAUCUGCCCCCAAGUUUCCUAGACCUGUUGAGAUUCAAUUGAUGCUUUAUCAUUCAAAAAAGUUGGAGGAGACUGGGAAAUCGGAUGAAGCAAAUGAGUCUAAAAAAAUGGUUUUAUUUACCUUGCAAUGCAUGGCAAAGGGAGGCAUUCAUGAUCAUGUUGGAGGUGGAUUUCACAGAUACAGUGUGGAUGAGCGCUGGCAUGUUCCACAUUUUGAGAAGAUGCUGUAUGAUCAAGGGCAACUUGCUAAUGUUUACUUGGAUGCUUUUUCCAUCACUAAAGAUGUUUUCUAUUCAUAUGUAUCCCGAGAUAUCCUUGAUUAUUUGAGAAGAGACAUGAUUGGACCAGAAGGUGAGAUCUUUUCAGCAGAAGAUGCUGAUAGCGCUGAAUCUGACGGUGCCUCUCGUAAAAAGGAAGGAGCCUUCUAUGUAUGGACCACCAAAGAGGUUGAAGAUAUCCUUGGAGAGCAUGCAAGUCUUUUUAAGGAACACUAUUAUAUGAAGCCAACAGGAAAUUGUGAUCUUUCUAGGAUGAGUGAUCCACACAAUGAAUUCAAGGGGAAAAAUGUGCUAAUUGAACUGAAUGAAACUUCUGCCUUGGCAUCAAAACAUGGCCUAUCAAUUGAAAAGUAUCUUGAUAUUCUGGGUAAAUGCAGAAGAAAACUUUUUGAUGUAAGAUCUAGUCGGCCAAGGCCGCAUUUAGAUGAUAAGGUAAUUGUUUCGUGGAACGGUCUUGUGAUUUCUUCUUUUGCAAGAGCUUCACAAAUACUCAAGAGUGAAGCUAAGAGCACUCUAUUCAACUUCCCUGUUGUUGGCUGUGAUCCCAAGGAGUAUAUGGAAAUUGCCGAGAAGGCAGCGUCUUUUAUUAGAAGGCAUCUUUAUGAUAAACAAACUCAGAGGCUGCACCAUAGCUUUAGGAAUGGUCCAUCAAAAGCGCCUGGAUUUUUGGAUGAUUAUGCUUUCUUAAUAUCUAGUUUGCUGGAUCUAUAUGAGUUUGGUGGUGGAUUAUACUGGCUAGUUUGGGCGAUUGAAUUGCAAAAAACCCAGGAUGAACUGUUUCUUGAUAGAGAGGGAGGAGGAUUUUUUAACACUCCUGGAGAAGAUCCUUCAGUUCUCCUCCGUGUAAAAGAAGACCAUGAUGGGGCAGAGCCAUCAGGGAACUCAGUCUCUGUGAUUAAUCUUAUGAGACUGGCCUCCAUGGUUGCUGGCAGUAAAUCUGAUCAUUACAGGCAAAAUGCAGAGCAUGUCCUGGCAGUUUUUGAAUCAAGAUUGAAAGAAACGGCUGUGGCAGUGCCCUUGAUGUGUUGUGCAGCAGAUAUGCUGUCUGUUCCUUCGCGGAAGCACGUAGUCUUAGUUGGCCAUAAAGCUUCUGUGGACUUUGAAAACAUGCUUGCUGCGGCUCAUGCCUCGUAUGAUCCCAACAAAACAGUGAUUCACAUAGAUCCCACGGACACGGAAGAGAUGGAUUUUUGGGCAGAAAAUAAUAAUAACAGUGCCGUCAUGGCGAAGAAUAAUUUUUCUGCGGACAAAGUGGUAGCACUCGUUUGCCAAAACUUCACUUGCAGUCCUGCUGUGACCGACCCUAAAUCUCUGGAGCAUCUGCUCUCAAAGAAACCAUCCGUAAUAGCAUAAAUCUUAGUUAAAAGAGUGUUUGUAUAUAAUAAUAACGUAGGUGCGCCGUAGAUGUUAAGUCUGUGUUAUGUGAGUUUUGUAUUUAAUCAAGACAAUAAAAGUGCAGUGCAUGAGGCGAGGAACUUAAAUAUAUAUAAGUGGAGUGAAUAGUCGGUUGUUAAUUAUUA